GUUUGAUCAAGAAUCCCAGUCAUGUUCAAAUCAACAUAUUUCUUACCCUGUUUUCAAAAAAAGGCAUGGCGAAGGGGGUGUUAUCUCGAAUCAGAAUUAUAUAAGCAAUGAGCAGUUCUCUGAAGUUUUAUUUAAAGAUUUUAAACUUUCAAUCAUGGCUCCUGAUAAUUGUUGUUCAUUAAAAGACGGCUCCAUAGUUGUAAUUAAAAAUUUUGUAAAGGUAGAAUCAGAAUAUUUUAUUGUGGGUACUAAAUAUCAGAGAAAACAAAAUUUUUACCACAAACCUUGUGAAUCUUCUCUUCUGUCAAUCUAUGUAGUGGAAGAAGAAAGUGAUUUGAAAAUGUGGAACGUGAAUGAAAUUAUAUUUAAAUUUGUCAAACUUUCAUAUCAAACCAUGGAAGUAGUUUUUCCUUUAUUGCACACAAUAUGUUGAUUUUGUUACUUUACUUUAUUCAUUUUAAAUCUUUUCAAGAAAUAUCUUUACAAAAAAUAAAUGUAAUUAAUUAGUGGUAAUUAGGUAAAGCUGAUAUAUUUAAUCCAAUAGUGUGAAGUUAGUGCCUAUGAAUGCCUAAUUGGCCCAAUUUGUUAAUUUUUAGGCAAAAAAUAGCAUUGGAUAAAUUUAUGAUAAGGAAUGAUCUUUGAAUUGUGAUAUUGAUCUUAGUACAUACCCACCUAAUAUUUUUAGUAUGAAAAUAACGUUAAAUACCUACUUCUCCAAUUCAUUAUACUGACUGAGCUGAAUUAUAGUAAUUUUUUCUAUAUUGACUUUUUCUUAAAAUUACGAAUUAAUAAUAUUGUAUAAUUAAAUAAUAAUAUGUGAAAUAUUUAUAUUUUAUAUGACCAAAGUCUAGAAUAACAUGUUAAUGUGGCACUUACUUUUUGACCCUAUUUAGAAGCAAUACACACCGGUGAUAUAACACUGUGAUAACACUGCUGCUGCUGAAUACCGAUUAAAACAAAUAUGAAUGAAAAAACAUGGACCGUGGUCCAUUUUAUAAAGGACGAUUCAGUGGAAGCAGUGCCAUCGGCAUGGCUGAUCAACGACGAAAAGUGCCUUUGGCCACCUGCAACAUGGACCACAGAAAAAAUUAUAAAUGCAAUAAAAAACUGCAUCAUUGACACACAUUGGCAAGACUACGACAUCAAAACCUUUUUGAAUGCGACCUAUAGAAGCUAUGAAACAGCAAGGAAUAAAGCGAAAAAGGCAGAGUCAGACAGUGACCUGAGCACCACCGAUAUGGAAAAUAGAAAAAGAAAGAGGAAAAAAGUUAUUUAUUCAUCUGAUGAUGAUGAUGAUCAAGAGAAUAAUAAUUCACUGUCAUAUAUCCGCAAAGAACCACCACAAUACAAGCAUCCAAAAGGCAAAUCUGAGAAAAAACCCAGCAAAUUAUUUCCUAAAGAUUCCUAUAAAACACCAAGAAAAACUACAAAACAAAAACAUAUUUUCACUUCGCAGAGAAGUGAAACCCGAGGUGAAACUCAACAUGAAGAACACAGUGUAAAUAAAGGUAUAGAUGUAUCAGAGCAAGAUGCUUAUAAUGGCAGAGGUGUUCUAAAAGGUUCUUCACAAAUACCUACCACCAAGCCAUCUUAUCCAUCCAGUCCAGGCAGUAGCCAGAAAGGUUUGUUUUAUUUAUCUUGCAAUAAUUAAAUUAAUUAUUAUCGGUAACUUUUGUUAUUUUCAGAACAUUCAUCUGAGAACUGCGGCAAGUGUUGCCCUUAUCAAAGUAAGUUUUUUUCUCUCCUAUGUAAUACAGGCAUUGUAGAGUAUUUUUUAGCUAAAUUAUUGGAUAAAAUUUUUAUAGAACAAAUUAAACUAAGAGAAGCUCUGAAGGAUAUCGCAGCUCCUGUUGCAACUCAGAAGGAUACAACCUCUCCUUUAAGUAAAUAUAGUAUUUUUAAAGAUUUCCAACUGCCAAUCGUUGAAGCUGAUGAUCUUCAGAGGCUGAAUGAAUUUUUAAAACAUGAAAAUAAUUUUGAAAAAAGUG